UUUUUUUUUUUAUUCUUUUUUAUAUUUUUCUUCUCCUUUUUCAAAUAAUAAAAUAACAUCGAUGGCCCCUAAUCCCAAUCUUCCAUUCGAACCUCCUACUACCAGACGCUUCUCAAGCGCCAGUAUCCCUCAACCAGUGUACCUUGGAUUAGAUGUACAAGUGACAGAAGCUCGCGAUCAAUCAUCAUACUCAAUUUCGGUACACGAUGGAUCAUACACCACUGAUUACUAUACAGGUCUUUUAUGUAAGCAUCCCCCAGGAAUGACACUUGAACAAUGCAUGAAUGAUGCUGUUGAAGAACUUAAGCGUGUGGUCAAACUCUAUUGUGCUUCUCAAUCAUACAAGAUACAAAUCAUAGCAUGUUCGUAUAAAUUGAAUGAACUCUACUUAGUCAAAGAUCCACCUGUUGCAACUACGAUGAGUGAUUUUUGGCGUGAACUCGAUGCGAUUCCAUUCAUAAUGCAUACGGAUGCACAUUCCUCAGAUGAAAGAGCUAGUGCUGCCGUUAGAAAAGCCGUUAUGCUUCUAUCCCCUCAAUAUCCUGGUAAUCUGCCUCGUAUCAGUGUUGGUUUCCGUCAUGAGGUUGAAGUUGAUUUCAAUAGGAUCAUCCAUUUAGUAGACUUAGAAGAUUAUCGCACAACUGUAGCAAAAGAAACAUGGCGUGUAUGGAAUGAAAUAGCGGCUGAAUUCAAAAGAAAAAACUUGACUGUAUCUUUCUUUAACUCUACACCCCAAGGAGGUGGCGUUGCUCUUAUGCGUCAUGCUUUAGUUCGAUUUUUAAAUCUGAACGGUAUUCAAAUACAUUGGUAUGUUGCUCGACCCAAGCCAGAAGUGUUUGAUGUGACGAAAAGAAAAUUCCAUAAUGUUCUUCAAGGAGUGGCACCUCCCGAUGUUCGUUUGACAGAUGAAGAUAAACAAAUGUUUGUGGAUUGGUCCAAUGAAAAUGCUGAAAGAUUUUGGGUGGGAGAAAAAGGGCCUAUUCGAACUUCGGACGUGAUUGUCAUUGAUGAUCCUCAAUUGUCUGGCAUUAUUCCUCAUAUCAAGUUACAUUCACCUAGAACUCGGGUGAUUUUCCGAUCCCAUAUUGAAAUCCGAGCUGAUUUGAUCCGUGAUGAUCCAACAGGACCACAAGCUGAAACCUGGAAUUUCCUAUGGCAAUUUAUUAAACAAGCGGAUCUUUUUAUCGCACAUCCGAUGAGAAAUUUUAUACCGGAUGAUGUGCCUCGUGAAAAUGUGAUGCUUCUUCCUGCCUGUACCGAUCCUCUGGAUGGAUUGAACAAACCAUUGACACACUGGUGUACAACUUACUAUCGAUCUGUUUUCAAUCGUGUAUGUAUGGAUCAAGGUGCAAAUGAAGUAGACUGGAAUCGACCUUAUGUGGUGCAAGUAGCUAGAUUUGAUCCAUCCAAGGGCAUCCCUGAUGUAUUGGAAGCUUAUCGAUUGCUUCGUCAACGACUGGAUGCUGAUGACAAAAUUACUGAUGCUGAUAUUCCUCAAUUGGUGUUAUGUGGUCAUGGAUCGAUUGAUGAUCCAGAUGGAUCCUUGAUUUAUGGACAAACAUAUGCUCUAAUCAAUACUUCACCAUUCUCGUCAAUUGUAAGUGAUAUCAUCGUGGCAAGGUUACAACCCUCUGAUCAGUUACUGAACAUGGUAUUAAGUGGUGCUCGUGUUGCUUUACAAUUAUCACAUCGGGAAGGAUUUGAAGUCAAAGUCACUGAGGCGUUACAAAAGGGUGUACCUGUCAUCGCAUAUGAAGCUGGUGGUAUUCCUCUCCAAAUACAACGUGAUGUUACUGGUUUCUUGGCUCCUAUUGGCGACGUCGAUGCUGUGGCUGAUUACAUGUAUCGCUUAUUGACUGAUCAUGAUCUCCGGGAAAGAAUGAGCAACAAUGCACGUCAGUACCUGACAGAAGAAUACUUUACCAUCUGGAACUCUAUGUCAUGGUUACACAUGUUCAAUGAAAUGACAUGUCCUACCGCUUCUGCCCAACUCAGCAAUGGUUUGUUGGAUGUCGAUGCUACUAAGAAACGAAAUAAUGGUUUGGGUGAUGCUAAGUAUGUACGUUCUUUUUGGUUUGAAAAGUAUCAAUUCAAACCUCCCACUUCGUUUGUCAAUCAUAUCUGUCGCUAGAUAUAAUUAGAAAUAGAUCAUCAAAAAAAAAA